AUGACUGAGUGCAAAUAUACUUUUCGUUUAAAGAUUUUGGUCGUCUUGAUGUUGGCAGGUAAGUGGAAUAUGUUAUCUAGAUGUAGCGGUAAAUCGAUUUAAGCAUUGUCUUAUGGCAGUAAAAUCAUAGCUGAAUACAUAUUUUAAAACUUUUAAACUCUUUUUUAAGAACGUUCAAGAUGUUAAAUGUUGACCUCGCUUGUCAAGAGUUGACCGUUCUUUGAAUCUAUUCAUUAAAAUUACAUAUAGUUGUGAAUAUUAAUCUUUCUAAUUCCUGGGAAUGAUUCUUGUUGAAAGUUGUAGGGAAUUACUCAUUUUUGUAGCAGGAAUGGCUCAAUACGGUUCUAAAUUUAUUUGGCAGUGGCAAAGAAUUGGCUGAAAAUUUUAUAAAGUUGAAACGACCAAAAUAACUAAAUGUUGUUUGUUGUCGUUUUGUGACAAUUCAAGCAUGCUAUAUGACGCAAGAAAUAACAAUUAUCCAUUAUAAACAACAACAAUACAAAUAUAAACAGUUUGUCGCCAAGGGUGAUGCGACAAAACUCUAGAAAAUUCAAUCAGGAAAAAUUUAGAAUUCAUUGUCUAUGAAUUCUUUACUUUUUAUUUCUCAAAUAUUAAUUUUACGUUUACUACGUGUUGGAGAAACAAUGUCUGGGUUUUGAUUCUCUUUGGAGCAACGACUUGGUUAGGUGUUAUGAGUCCCAAGAAUGAGUCUGGAAUCUGGAAUCCUGGGUUUUGGAAUCCGGAAUGCAGCUUAAGGAUUCCAGAAUCCCACUAACGAUUGGAAUCCAGAAUCCAAGUUCUACUGACAAAUACUGGAACCCAGCACCUGGAAUCCGGAAUCCACAUCGUAGAAUCCAGAAUCCAAGACUGUCCUGGAUUUCCUUACAUGGGGCGAUAUGAGCUAACAAUAGGGUUCCAGAGUGUGACGUCAUAAAAACAAUGAUUAAAUUGGUGAAUUUAUAGGAUUUGUCUUUUAAAUUAGACCCAGACCCAAGUCAAAUUUAAAGGGAUUUGUAUGGAGUCGUCAGAGCAUAACUGGGCUAAUAUCUCAGAGACAAUUUGCCCCACAAUGCUAGUUUUAGCAAGUAGGCCUCUUGGAUGUUGUUCUUUCAGAAUAUCCUGACAAAUCCCAUAAUUUCACAAAAUUAGUUUUUAUGACGUCACACUUUAGAAGUCUAUGAUUUGAAUACAACAAACUCUGUCCAUUUUGAAAGCCUCCAAAAAACAUCACUUUCUAGGGCUGUUUAUUAAUCGGUCAUUCUUACAAACAUGGAUCGCAUUUAAACUCGAAUUCUCUGUAAACUUUAACAUCCCGGAGAAAGGUUAAACAAACAAAAGAAUAAAUAAUGAAUAGAUUACUUAAUUAAUUAAUAAAAACAUCCAAGACGGACAUAUGUAAUUCAAAUAAAUCAUAACUUGGGAGCAAAACAUUUGGGGUAAAAAAAAUACCUGAAUCUUAUCAUCAUUUUUUUCUGUUUUGACCUUAGCCAGAGCAUACACGAAUACAGUAAAUUUCGAGGCUUUCACCUGAUUUGCUAUAUUUCACGCAAUCUACAAGAAAAAUCUGCCCCGCAGACAACAUCAGCGUAUCUGGAACGAAAAAUGUGAAUUUCAAACCCCUCGAGGGGACUUAUCAGGACACGGCUCUGGCCUUAUUUGACACACUCCAACACACAUUAUCAGGUGUUUGAUAUUUGAUAUGGAUAUUUCUUUGUGCAAAAUUAUAAGCAAUACAUUUAAAGGCAAAAAAAUAUUGGUUUUCCUUUGUGAAAACCCUAUAUGAGGCUUCCUUUGCACCAUAAGCGAGACGACGAGCACCUCGUUACUUUUAUAUGGGAGACCCCUUUCUCCCACUCCUUGGAGUUCAGCGAAGGAAUUUGACUGAUACACUGGUGUAGACGAGAAGUGAUACGGAGUGUGGAGAAAGAAGACGGAAGGAAGAUCUCUGGGGAAAGGGAUGGGUAAGGGAGAGAAGGAAAACUAAACGAAUGUGACACUUGCAUAGACAAGGUGACAUGGGGUGUGAAGAGAGGGUAGGAGGCAAAUGGGAAGAGGAGGGGAGAAGGAGAAAGGUUUUGCAUCUUGACCAGUUGGGUUUACAGGUGAUGAGCGAGGCGCUAGGUCUCCCUCGUUUUGUUUUGUUGUUACUGUCGUUGUUUGUUUGUUUUUGUCUUUAAUUCGUUCGCCAAGAUCAAGUUAAAGUGAGGUACAUUACAUUGUAAGAAGUACGUGAUCUUAGUUGGCCAGCAAACCAAUAGAAACGGUUGAAAAUAAUGAAUUUAGGAUUUCACUAGAGCCUACAGAGCGUUUUCACAUAAAGUCCCGUCUGCCGUGUUGCUGUUCCAAAUGUUGGACAUGUUGAGGUUCCAAACCAAUUCUGUGAGAGUUGACCUAUUUUCUUAUGUAAAACUUUCUUUUGUUCUAAUAAAUUUGCAUAGAUGGGUGAAAAAGCUUUAUAUCAGACUUUGGCGGUUUUUCUCACGGUACCGGAUAGCUUUUGCGCGGGCGCGAAAAUCAUACCGCAUAGGGCUUCUGUUCACACAUAACAACGGUGAUUUCGGCGCGAUUUCUGUAACGGAGCGAAGCCACACCUCACUGAUCUCUAAAGUGAAGAAUCACAUAUCGGAUAGGUAUUCAUACCGAUACUACCGGAUAGCUUUUACGCCGGCUCGAAAACCAUACCGGAUCGGAAAGGGCUCCUGUUCGCACAGGUAAAGAACGGUGAUUUCAGCGCGAUUUCUGUAACAGAGCGAAGCUGCGCCGCGCCGAUCUCUAAACUGGAGAGUCACAUAUCGGAUAGGCGUUCAUACUAUGCUAUCGGAUAGCUUCUGCGCUGGCGCUAAAACCAUACCGGAUAGGGCGUCUGUUCACACAUAUAAAGACCGGUGAUUUUGGCGCAAUACAUUCAGUUAAGGGAGCGAAGCUGUGCCGCGCUGAUCUCUAAACUGGAGAGUCAAAUGUCGGAUAGGUGUUCAUACUAUACUACUGGAUAGCUUUUCGUGUUGGCACGAAAACCAUACCGGGUAGGACUUCUGUUCAGUUAAGGGAGCAAAGCUGCGCUGCGCCGUUCUCUAAACUGGAGAGUCACAUAUGGAAUAGGUGUUCACACUAUACUACCGGAUAGCUUUUCGUGUCGGCACGAAAAAAGCUACAUGUUCUAGUGUGAAUAUAGUCUUUGAGUUCACUCGGCUAAAUUGGCACUGUAGGGCCACAACAGAUCCUUUUUUUACAACGCGAGUGGUAAAUCCCUCAGCUUUUGCUGAAUCAUAUACAACUAUCCCCCGAAGGGGACUGAGUUGAAUAGUUAACAAUAAUUCCUCGAGCCAGAAAGGGCCCGGAGUCAAUAGCCCAUGAGGUUGAAGGCCGAAUGGGCUAUUGCCUCAGAGGCCAUGAGGUUGAGACGAAUAAUUGUUUUCGUAAAAUCCAACUAGUUGGUCAAAAAUAUCGAGACAAAAUAACUUUAGCUAGCAAAACGCGAUUCAGCCGCCAUUGUUUUGGUUUUUCAAAGCCGGCGCUUUUCGCUACUAGUGGGCUAUAACAUAUAGCCUAGUAGUAGCUCAACCAAUCAGAACGCAGCAUUGGUUGGAUUUUACUAAUAGUGGAUAUAUAAUAAGACGGGAAGCGUCGAGGUAUAUACCUAGCACUGUUCACAGACCCUGAGGGAGAUAGUUGUUUUAGUAUUUACCAAAUCAGUUUGAUAAAAAAUUAAAAGAGUUUCUUUUUGUCAAUUAAAAACGUUACUUAGUAGGAACUUUAUUUACAAUUUACAAACAUUCCGGGCAUUUUGUCAAGUGCAUUUUUACGAUUUUGUUGCAAAUUCAGCAUGAAAAUAAUUUUCUACCUACCAGUAAACACCGACAAGCCAAAGAUAGUCGCUUUCUUGGUAUUUGUUUGUACGACUGCUUCAUUUAUCGCUCAAAUUUCGUCUUCCGAAAAUGCCUCGAAGCGGGCGCCAUCUUGGCUCCGGUCGCAAACUCAAUAGCCAAGGAUAUUCCCAGUUACGGAAGCCAAUCAAAACGCGCGAAAAGUGCUAGUGGCUGAAGUGGUAAAUGUAAGGCAUAUUGUUUGAGAGAUCCGCACUUUAAAAAAGUGGCAAUAUUAAUCAAAAAUAAUAAGGUGAUUAGAAAGGAAGUGCCAAGUCUUUAGACUCUAGUAGAGAACUGUAAAUUUACUGAUGAGUUUAUUUGCCUGCACUGACAGAUAACAUGUUUUUGUCUGACUUUUAGGAUUAGCAAGUGGCGACGUCUUGGAUGAUCUAUUUAAUGAUGACGAUCUCCGUAAGUCGUAAACAGUAGCAAUUAUAUCCUGUUUGACCGUUGUCGGAUAUGAGAUUACUGAGACAAUACGCGACCCCUGGAGGGUAACCCAGGACAUUUUUUGAUGGAUGUGUGCACGAAGCAUAAUCCUUCCACCUCACAACCUACAUUUCGGACAUGACUCCAAAACUCAAUACCCCCCAAAAAAAAUAUAUCAAAAAAACUUAUAUUGCGUAUAUAGAAAUAUUUUCAUAUCCGCAUAACAAAUAAGUCGAAUUAAGUCGAAUCAUACAGUACACUCUCGCUGAUUCAAGUUCAGAGCUAUUCACCAAAGCGCAAAUGACAAUAGACAAGUCCCUUGUUUAAAAUAGAAACUGAAUCGAAUUGUAAAAUUCAUACUCAGACUCAGACCUAAGUAUGGCUCAUGCACUUGGGUUCAAAUUGGCUUAGCCUUAGUUUUGUUCUGUUGCUCAGCGAGGCGUCUUUUUUCGCAGUUUUAAUUCUUACUAACCGCUUUCCGCAUCUUUCACCUUUUUGUGAGCACCAAAGAAAGAUUUAAUUAAUAACCCAUGGGAUUACAGAAAGUAAGAUACGACCGGGCAAAAUCAAAGUUACUCCAGCGAAGCAAAUUCAUGAAAAAAAGAAACGACACUGUCAUGAUCCAUUGUCAUUAUGUUGAUCAAAAUUUGGAACCCCUCUCCAACUAUUAUUUGCUAUUCUCACGGGACUCCCCUGCGCGCACUUUCUACAAGGCUUUCUCUUCGCCCCAGUCCAUGACUGCAGGAGAGCCCUUUCACUGACUCACACAUCCCACAUGUGGCGUCGACAAAGGACUUAAACCCAGAAUCGGUGCAUUGAGGGGGUGCUUGUUUUAGUUGUAAUUAUGGUUUGCUGGUGACUAAUUGUUUCUUUCCUAUCUCCACAGUUCUCUAUGUGGCCAUAGGAUUUCUGUGCUUUGCUGUGUUAUUCCUGUUCGUUGUAAUUCUGUUUAUCUCCAUCGCUGUCAUCAGAUUAAAGAAAAUAUUGAGGUAAGUAGCACACUUUGUUUUUCAAGGUUGCCAAUAACUUGCAUCUUUUGCAUACUGAAAAGUAACAGCCCGAAGAGGAAGGGGGGGGGGUAUUUCCUAUAAUGGCCUAUACGGUGAGGUCCCAACCGAAAGGGGUACCCGGCCUUUUUCAGGCUUUAGGUAAAUGAAAGAGUAGGGAUUUCACUAGUUGUGAAGUAUCUGAAAGGGUAGAGAAAUCUGUUAUUUGGUUCUAGGAGUCAACAAGAGGUCUGGGUGCGAGAUAAUCCAAUUACUUGGGCGUGACGCCUGCUGUCCUAUGACACUGUUCUUUUGGUGCUGAAAUCUGGACAGUUGAUAGCCAAUUAGAUUUGACAAUCUUGUUAUAGUUCUGAUUAGUCCUUAUGACGCCUGUAUCGUACCGCAAUUUCAGAAGGAUUGUACGAAGUAAUCAGAGCAUAUUAACGGUGCUUAAUAUCUCCCUACCAGUCUUUGCACUAACAGCCCGAUUUUUAGCACGGAGGCUUUUUCCACCUUGUUCUUUCUGAAUAUCCCAACCAAUCCCAUGGUUUCCCAAAUUUGAUUUCUUUACAUUGGGUAGAAAAAGUUACUCCAACCGCGAUACGCUGACGAUAGGCCAUGCGCAGGUUGGUGUUAUUAUAUUAGUAUACUAAAUAUGUUCAUUUGUGAUUUUAAGGGCUAGAGAGUAUGACUUCCACAACCGAAACGGUGAGGUGAUAUCAAAUUCCCAUGCUAUGUCAGGACGGUCACUGAAUAGUGCUACAAACUGGAGUCAUUUCUUCCCCGAAAGCAGAAAUGGAAGAGAAUCGAACAGCAAUCUAAACUUGGAGUACCAAGAUUACAUGGACUUGAUUAUUAUGGACGCUUCAAGAGUGAGCCUCCCUCGUGCCAGACUGGACAGCGAAAAGACGACUUUCUAA